UCAGACUUUAAUUAUACCUUCUUAAUCACUUGAGGACAAUCUGUACGACAGGACAGCUCUCACAGUAAAUGCCCUAACCUCACCUUCUAAUCUUGCCCGGGUCGCCUGGAGAACAAGAAUAAUGUUCACCAUAUAUUCCUAGUUUCUUUUAUAAACCUUUACACAUUCAAGCUAACACCUCCUCUCCUUUUUGAAUUUGUACUAUUCACUCUUUAAAGUGCAGGCUCACAGUGUUAUCCCUCUUAGGUCAGACUGAACUCCAAGCGAUUGUGAAAAGUUCUCUACAAUCAUCAUUAUUAUUCUUAGUGAAAGGUAUGCACCACAGAACUGGCUCUGCCGAGUGACUCUGGCUCACAGCGUAUGGCAUUCCAGGCUGAAAGCAAACCAAACUGAUAUUGCCCUCAAUACUGUCUUCAUAUUUUCUCCAUAUUUGGAAAUGUUUACCUCCUCAUGAUGGUUGACAGAGGUUGGGAGAGGGGAUGUGAGUCAUUUCAGCUGGAUAAGGCUUUCUUGGGGUGAGAGGAGCCUUCUAAGUGACUGCCAUUUAGUGAAGUUAGUAGUUUACUGUGCUUCAGUGAUCUAAAGAGAAACUGUGUCUGAUCCUGUUGUCCCCAUCAUCACUUAGUGUUAAAAUUUGGAACCAUGUGGAACCAAGUGAACAGUAACGACCAGACAGGACAAGUGGCUGCCAGGAUGGAGACCACACCGUCUAUGGGCAGUGCGAGCAUCUCUAUCUCCCAGCAGCAGGCACCCAAGAAGUUUGCCCCGAUGGUUGCACCCAAGCCCAAGUACAACCCUUACAAACAGAUGGGAGAGCCCACCAACCCGGACCCCUCAGCAGACUACCCUCCCCCUCCACCACCUGCCGAAGAAUCAACCGGUUUCUCAUCCCCUGGUUCCUUACCACCACCGCCGAUGAACUCCUAUGAUUUUCAGAUGAAGGGACCGGAGAAGACGCUGGAGGAGAGGCGCUCCAGUCUGGAUGCCGAGAUCGACUCCCUCACCAGUAUCCUGGCAGACCUGGAGAGCAGCUCGCCCUACAAGCCGCGGAUCGCACAAAACUCUGUAUCCUCAGCAACCUCUUCUCCCAGUGCUCCUGUAACUGGUUACAAGCGUAUGGUCAUUCCAACUCAGCCACCCCUUACUGCAACUAAGAAGUCUACACCCAAACCUCAGAUUCCUGGGGGAGUCUAUUCUACCCUCCCUUCCUCUGGCAGCCCGGCAGCUAAGCCUCAAAGUCACAUGGCUCCUCAGCCUGUCCCAGCCUCCUACGCUACAGCUUCAACCCCAAGCCAGCCCACUUUUAAUGUCCAGGUGAGGUCAGCCCAGCCCGGCCCACAGCAUCAAGCCCCUGGAGGGCACCAUUUUGGCCAGCAGCCCAUUCGCAGCCCUGCACAGGUGCAGUACAUGCCUGCCCAGCCCAGAGGUCCUGACUUUGCCUACGGACCACCACAGCCUGGCUUCUCCCCUAUGAGUCAAGGUGCAUAUCAAGAACAGCACUAUCCAGGAGUAGCUCAAGCUGGUGGGCUAAGCUCCAGGAGAGCUGAACCUGCCCCCACCCAAGCAUACCAGCCUUCUGGCCCCAAGAAGACCUACAUCACAGAUGUACCACCAAGCCUGGCUUCCUACACUUCUGGACCAGCUGUCCCACCAAAGGGCAGUGCUCCUAUGGCCCAUCCUGAAGACGAGCUGGAGCGUCUGACCAAGAAGAUGCUGUUUGACAUGGACAACCCUCCAGCUGAGGAAUUUUUUGGGCGCUGUGCCAGCUGUGGAGACAACGUGGUGGGUGAAGGCACCGGUUGCACUGCCAUGGACCAGGUCUUCCAUGUCGACUGCUUCGUCUGCAUGACCUGCAGCACCAAGCUGCGUGGCAAGCCCUUCUAUGCUGUGGAGAAGAAGGCGUACUGCGAGCCUUGCUAUAUCAACACCCUUGAGACCUGCAACAUCUGCAGUAAGCCCAUCAUGGAGCGCAUCCUGCGGGCUACAGGGAAAGCCUACCACCCUCACUGCUUCACCUGUGUGGUGUGCCACCGCAGCCUGGACGGCAUCCCUUUCACCGUGGACGCUUCCAACCACAUCCACUGCAUCGAGGACUUCCACAAGAAGUUCGCUCCACGCUGCUGUGUGUGCUCUGAGCCUAUAAUGCCAGCGCCGGGCCAGGAGGAGACCGUCCGUAUUGUGGCCCUGGACCGCGACUUCCAUGUGCAGUGCUACCGCUGUGAGGACUGUGGCUCUCUGCUCUCAGAGGGGGACAACCAGGGCUGCUACCCUCUGGACGGACAUGUCCUCUGCAAAAACUGUAACACCAGCCGCAUCCAGGACCUCACCGCCAAGUCCACCACUGACCUCUGAACAAGCCGGCGCCCGGUCACCUCCACUGUGAUAACCCAACGCUCGCUCUCUCUCUCUCUCCCCUUCACUCCCUCCUUCACUCCCUCCCUUUCUCACAGGCAUACCCAUCCACAGAUGCUUGCAUUCACCAUAUAUAUAUAUAUGAAUAUAUUCUAUAUUCACCUUCAGAAACUAAAAAAUACCAUCACAUGUUCACCUGCAUAUAUUAUCUAUAGACUGAGUGCAGUCACAGCAGAAGAGACAGUACUUGUGUCUCAAUUCAGGGGCUGUCCUACUUUGAAGGCUCCUUUAAAUGCUUCCCUCCACCCACCGAACUAUAUCCAUAAAGCUCAAUAAUUUUGUAUCUCAUUUGUGGUUUUUCAAGGGGGUUAUUUGCUGCUUCUGGCCAAGAAAUAUACCUUCACAUAACCCACCACCGUCCACCACCACAAAGCCACAAUAUGGGCAGCCUUGGAGGAGCUCAUUUUCCAGAUUUGGUUAUUUCUGGACAGAUCUGUGUUAGCUAAUUUCCCCCAUUCCCAGUCUUAACAUUAAGGUACUAUAAAAAAAUUAGAAGUGGCGUUAAUCUUCUCGUCCGACUCACUUCAAGAGAGCAAAUAAUCGUAUUUUCCCAAAGUGUUAAACUGUUGCUUAGAAUCACUCUGAAUCCAUCAGUUACAAUUUACAUCAUCACUCAGUGUUAUUAUCUCAUAUCAUAAUUAUCUUCAGCCUGUAUCUUCCAGCCACUGUGCACAUCCAUGCGUUUAAGCAUGCAACCCAAAUUUUACUGACUGGUUCUCGUGAUCUAAAAUCGGAGAACAUGCAGGAGGUCUGACACAUGUGCCCUGCAGGUGAAGUGGGUGUGUGUAUGAGUGUGUUCAGAAAAGCCACGGCGCGUUCAGUAAAUCAUUUAGUUUGUUCUUUCAUCUUUAUUAAAGUGCACAUGCACAGACAGCACACACAGAGGGAUGUAAUUACACAGUGAAGCUUAUUAUUAUAAAACAGUUCUGCAUAACUGAACACCAAAGAAUUGAAUUUAAGCUACCAUGUGUAGUUAUUCUAUUUGCAACUAUAUGAAACAUUUCCUUCAGUGUCUGGCCCGUCGGAAACACAGCAGACACACAACACAAUCUGCAAUAGGCGGCUGUUCUUCUUCUUUGUUCGGUUUAUAGGCGGGUGGCAACCAAUGUCAAGGUGCAUUACCGCCAUCCACUGUGUUGGUGCACCGUUCCUGGAGGUACUGCAAUACCAGGUCGAUAAAUGCAAUGCUCCUUUUUUAACAUAAUAUUGUCUUUGUACUUUCCUGUAGACUUUGCUUUGAUAUAAACAGCAUUUAACGUUUGUGUUGGCCUGAACUGUACAAUCAAGACAUUCCAUUCAUAGAAACAUGGCUUGUUAGAGCAGAUAGACCAUAGAUCAUUUACCAUGCCAUGGAUUAGAUCAGUGACUGCACUCCAAGCAGUCUGGCAGGGAAAACCAAUAUGACAUGGCUAUGCAAUUUUUAAUGUUAAUUGCAUUGACACUUUAUAAGAAAUUUUUAUGAAUAAGGAAAUAUUUUACCUGUACAGAUCCAAGCAUAAGUGUCCUUAUAGUAAUCCUUUAAUCCAGACUAUGCUGGUACUGUGUGACUUUGUGCGUCACUGUGCUGUGUGUCAGUAUUGAUUGUUCCAGUGACUCGUCUUUUAUAUCUAGUGUUUGUUUAACGUUGAUGGGCGAAGAAGGGACCUUUCCCAAAUAUGAUUUUUUUUUUUGUGUAUUGUUUGUUCCACUAAAGGUGAUGGACCAGUGGUUUGACUGCUUGAUUUGAUCUGAAUUAAUGAGACAUUUAAAGAUGGUGAGUUCAAUGUACCCUGUGGAAUUGUCACCACUCUUUGUUUGAAUCUUGUCAUUCCUGUGUGAGACAGUGAGGGAACAGAGACACACAAAAUGACUACAAAACGAUCACAGACAGACACAAAGAGAUGUAAAAUGACUAUUAAAUGGAUUUUUGUUUGGGGGUGUGGCAUUUAUGUAGGAGGGCUCAGGCACCUUUGCACAUGCACAUCAUCCAAGGGUCCAAUAUCCGUGGCGAUAGGAAUCACAGUGCACGUGGGUAAUAUGCCACAACACUUUAAACAACUGUUUUCACACCAUUCCACUGAUCAGCAAUAGUGUCAGUGAUGUAGAGAUGACUACACACCCGUAAAAAGGAUGUCCACAUUUUACAUUUUACAUUAUUCAAACAGUUUUGUGAAUGCAAAAUAUCUUUUAAUUGAAUGGAAAUCAAUUCAGAAUCUUUGUACACACAAAAUAUUUUGAUGGUGAACUGUGAUUUGAAGCCAAACUUCAUCAUCCACAGGGUACAUUUAAACACCACAGACAAUGUUAUUCAUACUGGUCGGCCAGUUCAUUAUCUGGACUGGUUGCUUGCAGUCAAACCACAUCACGCAAACCAGAGUAUUUCAAAACCCCUGAUUUACAAAUGUCCUGUGCAUGUGUAUUUAUAGGUUAUGAACAUUAUAAUUUCCAGAGACUUCUCUCUACUUCUUCUUUCUGUCUUCCUGUCACAUUCCGUUUAGUGCCAUCUGGAUAUGUGAUAGAAAGUGAUUAAACGAACAAAUGAAUCUCUAUUUACUUCAUGUAUAAUAAUCUGAAAGUGGUCACAGAAGACUUGUUAGAUCAGUUUGAGUGUGGCACUAUUUUACCAGGGUAACACAAUGUAAAUGUAUGUGCUAAUAAGACCAUUCAUUAAUUAAAUGUGAUUACAACAAAAUUGCCUACAGCAGAAUUAUAGGAAACAACUGAGUUUUUAAUAUUCCUUAACAUCCAGUAAAAACUUGUGUUUGAGCUGAAGGUGAGAAGGUGGCGCAGAGUGUGAACUCUGUUUAUUUGGUUCUCAGACGCACUGCGUGCACAGACAGAAGCAGCCUCACACGCCUCGAGCAGGAAGCCAGGGAAGGCUGCUUCUGUCGAAGGUUAGGCAACCUCAACUCCAUAUCCUGAGGAAUUUAUUUCAUCAAUAUCUGACGCGCAUAUUUAGCCAGACAGUUCAUCGGUCACAGAGAAAAACCAACAGACAACAAGACCCUCACAGCCGAGGAAAAUCAUCUCAGUGCAGCGCCGGAGAAAGACUUUUUAGUGCGUCUUAAAAACAUGUUUAAGUGUCUCAAAGGUGUCACAAAACUCGAGCUAGUUAGUCUAUUUAUAGCCAUCGUGAGCAUCUUUUAUAAUUUUAUUAGUCUUUUCUCAAGUAACAAACAAAACUUUUAUUCUGCUUAUUCUGUCUCCUCCACUCACACCAGCUGCAUCAUGUCCACGCUGACUGUGGCCAUUUGACACUUCUGAUUACCUCUGGUUGCCAGGCAACAGAGGACACAAGAAAAAUACACACUCCAUAUAUCAUUAUGUCACUUACUGUACGUUGCUAGGUUUCAGCUCAGAGAUGUAGCCGGGGAUCCGACUGAGUUAGCAUGUGAUGUUGGCAGCGUGGUAAAGGUCGCUGCGGGGCCCUGUGACCUGCUGCGAUAAUUAGACAAGCAGUGUUGAAGGUCACAACACGAGUUUUACAUCCGCUGAUGAAAACCCAGAGGAAGAUGUCAAAGUGACUCAAGAGGCAGAGAAAACAAUCAUUCAUCACCGCAGUCGAUGAAUUUUUAAAAAAGCAGUAUAGUGGUGCUCAUUUGAAAUUAUUAUUCAGGUAUCAGGUGCAGAGCUCGUUCAGUCCUUAUCGCCUCAGUUUUCUAUAGUAGCCUGAAAGUUGUUAUUUGUACACUGUCGAUGCCUUCCAGAGUUGUUUAACUUCAUUUGUGACAGUCUGAGGAAGCUCCAUGUAAAGAUGUAGUUCAUAUCUUUGCAGAGUGAGCGCUCUUAAAUCAGACGUUUUAAGUGAAAACAAUGAAACAUGCAGUAAACUUCUUCACAGCACAUGGUGCGAGAAGAGAAGCCAAUUGUUGUUACAGUGUGUUAAAGGGAUCAAACCUCCCACCUCUCUCUGAUCUUGUUGUCAGUAUUUAAAUAUUAGCUUAUUAGCAUGUAUUUUACUAAGUGUACCCUGGUCUGGCCCAUGAGCACAGAGGUGGAUCUAUGCUUUAGUUUUUCAUUGUGCCAUUACAGCUGCCUUGCACUCCUGUUUGUCAGCGGACACAUCGCACACGCUUGUGGGAGCAUAUCCGACAUGAAUCUAUUCAAGACGUCUGAUGCUUUUAUUACAAAGACCAUUUAAUGAUUUUUUUUAAAGUAUUUGUUAAGUGUAUUUGUGUUGUGUUACUGUCUUUGUGUGUGUAAAAGUGCCCUCGGCUGAGCAGCACUGAAUCACUAAACUGUUGUGUGUUUCAUAUGUCGCUCUGCCUCGCUCAAAGAUGUUGCCUUGUUUACUUGUGUUUUGCCAAAGUAAAUAAACAGGCUGCCUUUUGUUUGUUAGUCCGUACAGUGGGUGUCUAUAUCAGGUGUGGUGACUUUAAGACCAGCAGCAGAGCCUGAACCGCUGCUGUGUGUGUGAGAGAGCUUGACCCCCUGUUGAUAAAGUUAAGCGUCUCAUCUGUUCUUCAUCAUUGGAAGGGGCAUGUAGUCAACUGUUGUUUUCUCUUCUUCAAUAAAAAGCUUUUGCAACAGCA